GGACGUUGGAGGAAGCUCUUUCUCCGCCAUGGCGGGGCCGGUGAGCUUGCGAGAGCUUCUUAUGGGAGCGUCGGCCUGGCCGGGCUCUGAGAGUCCCGGAGGAACCCCAGCUGAAGGUGAGGGGAACGUGGCUGCCGCGCCCGAGCCUCCGUGGAGGGAAGAUGAGAUCUGCGUAGUGGGAAUCUUCGGCAAGACGGCUCUGCGCCUAAACUCGGAGAAGUUCUCUCUGGUGAACACAGUGUGCGACCGACAGGUUUUCCCUCUCUUUCACCAUCAGGGUCCUGGGGAUCCAGGGCCUAGAAUCAAGACCGAACCUGUCCCUGCCGGAGAGGCUGGAGGAGCUGGGGACCCGGGGGCUGCCGCUGGGGAUUCACUUCGCGGAGGUGUGGCUACGGCGGCGGAAGGUAACCGAGCGGAGCCAGUGCCCCAGGACUUUAGUCUUCUGCAGGCCUAUUACAAUCAGGAAAGCAAAGUUCUGUAUCUUAUUCUUACUUCCAUCUGUGACAAUUCACAGCUUCUGCGUGCUUGUCGGGCUCUCCAGAGUGGUGAAGCUGGUGGAGGCCUCUCUUUACCUCAUGCAGAAACACACGAAUUUUGGAAGCAUCAGGAGAAGUUGCAAUGUCUCAGUCUCCUUUACCUCUUCUCUGUCUGUCAUAUCUUGCUCCUGGUCCAUCCUACCUGUUCCUUUGACAUCACCUAUGAUCGAGUAUUUAGAGCCCUGGAUGGUCUGCGGCAAAAAGUGCUACCCCUCCUCAAAACAGCCAUUAAGGAUUGUCCAGUUGGCAAAGACUGGAAGUUAAACUGCCGACCUUGCCCACCUCGACUCCUUUUCCUCUUUCAACUCAACGGGGCCCUUAAAGUGGAACCUCCUCGCAGCCAAGAUACAGCUCAUCCAGAUAAGCCCAAGAAGCAUUCUCCUAAAAGAAGGCUACAGCAUGCCCUGGAGGAUCAGAUCUAUAGAAUCUUCCGCAAGAGUCGAGUCUUAACUAAUCAGAGUAUCAACUGCCUCUUUACAGUACCUGCCAACCAAGCUUUUGUGUACAUAGUCCCAGGAAGCCAGGAAGAGGACCCAGUCGGCAUGUUGCUGGACCAACUUAGGAAUCACUGUACUAUGAAGGACCAUGAAUCUUUGUUGGUACCUGCACCCCUCUCUGGACCUAGGCGAUACCAAGUGAUGAGACAGCACAGCCGGCAGCAGCUCUCCUUCCACGUUGAUAGCAGCACUUGUAGCUCUUCAGGCCAGCUAGUGGACUUCACUCUUCGAGAAUUCCUAUGGCAGCAUGUGGAGCUGGUCCUAAGCAAGAAAGGCUUUGAUGACAGUGUGGGCAGAAACCCACAGCCUUCCCAUUUUGAACUUCCCACCUAUCAGAAGUGGAUCUCGGCAGCUGCAAAGCUGUAUGAGGUGGCCAUUGAUGGGCAGGAGGAGGAUUUGGGCUCACCCACCGGGGAGCUAACGUCUAAGAUUUUAAGCAGUAUUAAAGUCUUAGAAGGGUUUUUGGAUAUAGACACCAAAUUCUCAGAAAACCGGUGCCAAAAAGCUUUACCCAUGGCUCAUAGUGCCUACCAGUCAAACCUGCCUCAUAAUUACACCAUGACAGUCCAUAAGAAUCAGCUUGCUCAGGCUCUUCGAGUAUACAGUCAACACGCCAGAGGGCCAGCCUUCCACAAAUACGCCAUGCAACUGCAUGAGGACUGCUACAAAUUUUGGAGCAAUGGCCAUCAGCUCUGUGAAGAGAGGAGUUUGACUGACCAGCACUGUGUACACAAAUUUCACUCCUUACCUAAAUCAGGAGAAAAACCAGAGGCGGAUAGGAACCCACCUGUGCUCUACCACAACAGUCGAGCCCGCUCCACUGGAGCCUGCAACUGUGGAAGGAAGCAGGCACCUCGAGACGACCCCUUCGAUAUCAAGGCCGCUAACUAUGACUUUUACCAGCUUCUGGAAGAAAAAUGUUGUGGAAAGUUGGAUCAUAUCAAUUUCCCCGUAUUUGAGCCAAGUACUCCAGAUCCUGCUCCUGCCAAAAAUGAACCCUCUCCUGCCCCACCAGACUCGGACGCUGAGAAACUGAAAGAGAAGGAGCCUCAAACUCAAGGGGAGAGCACAAGCCUGAGCUUAGCUUUGAGUCUGGGCCAGUCCACAGACAGCCUAGGCACCUACCCAGCUGAUCCACAGGCAGGAGGAGACAACCCAGAAGUCCACGGUCAAGGAGAAGUAAAAGCUGAGAAGAGACCAAACUUGGUUGAUCGGCAGGCAUCCACAGUUGAAUACCUCCCAGGGAUGCUACAUUCAAAUUGCCCAAAAGGUCUCUUGCCCAAAUUCUCCAGUUGGUCUUUGGUUAAAUUAGGCCCAGCCAAGUCUUACAACUUUCAUACAGGUUUGGACCAACAGGGCUUCGUUCCAGGAACAAACUAUCUCAUGCCUUGGGACAUUGUCAUCAGGACCAGAGCCGAAGAUGAAGGAGACUUAGACACAAACUCUUGGCCUGCUCCAAAUAAAGCUAUUCCUGGGAAAAGAAGCGCAGUUGUCAUGGGAAGAGGAAGGCGGCGGGAUGACAUAGCUCGAGCUUUUGUUGGCUUUGAGUAUGAAGACUCUCGAGGUCGGAGAUUCAUGUGCUCGGGGCCUGACAAAGUAAUGAAAGUGAUGGGAAGUGGACCAAAGGAGUCCGCGCUAAAGGCCCUCAACAGCGACAUGCCCCUCUACAUCCUGUCCUCCUCUCAGGGCCGAGGACUAAAACCACAUUACGCUCAACUUAUGAGGCUUUUUGUUGUGGUUCCUGAUGCUCCUUUGCAGAUCGUCCUCAUGCCUCAGGUUCAACCAGGCCCACCACCAUGUCCGGUAUUUUACCCAGAAAAACAAGAAAUCACUCUCCCGCCUGAUGGCCUUUGGGUCUUGAGAUUUCCUUAUGCGUAUGUGACUGAGAGAGGGGCUUGUUUCCCUCCUAAGGAGAAUGUGCAGCUCAUGAGCUACAAGCUGCUUCGAGGAGUGCUUAAAGCAGUGACACAGUGAGCUUCCCAGCCGCUGGGACCCAGCCUGGAGCUACUGUUUGUCUUGUUUUUUGAUGUACAUGAUUUUUUUGUGCGUGUAUAUACUGUGUUUUCCCAAAACCAAAAUGUGUUUUGGUUACAAGUAUUCAGCAUUUGGACAAUAAUUGUUCCAUUAUUUCUAUUGAUAUUUAUUUUAAAAUCAAUAAAAGUUUGUUGUUCUAUAAAA